UCUAUAUAAUCAUUAGUUUUCAACCUGAAAACCACUUACAAAUUUUCCAAGGUAACUAUGUAACUCAAGGCAGCAAGAAUACCUUCCAAGGCUUCUAUAUUAAUGAAUAUCUAGCUAACAAGGUUUAUAUCGUGACCUUUAAACCUAUAAAUAUCAAGAUAUAUUAUUAAUCGACGUUAUUAAUAUAAAAAUGUAUUUUGGAAGAACAAAGCCAAUCUCUUAGUACGAGAAGCGGAUUAAGGAUACUAGGGAAGAAUGCGCUAAACUAAACCGCAUACAAGCAAGGAUGUGGCGAGAGAGAAAUGUAAAUAAUUAGCAUACUUUACGAAACACCCACUAGAAAACCCUAGAGGGUAAUGCCAAAAAUGGCACCGUAAAGCAAACGUCUCUAACACCUGCAAAAAUUUAGCAGGGUCCUAUGUAUUUCGUAGGACGGAAGCCAAUUACUUCCUACGAGGAGCGUAUUAGAGAUACUAGAGAUGAAUGUGCGAGACUUAACCGUAUAUAAGCAAGGAUGUGGCGACAGAGACAUUAAAACAAGAAGCAAGUUCCCCAAGACACCUUGUUGAAAACUCUAAAAUCUUGUGAAUAAGAAAGAAAGGUGAGGGAAAUGUCUCCCGAAUAUUAAGUAACACUCCCAGGUUAAUUUUCCCGCGAGACAGGACUAGACUUGAUAAAAGCUUCCGAGUAAGUCUGCCAGGGAAAGAUGGAAGACCAUGAGUCGGUCCGCAAGACGGAGGUUGAUGAUCAUGAGAUGGUCUGCAAGACGAAGGUUGAGGACCCUGAGAUUAUCUGUGAGGCAAAGGGUGAGGACCAUGAGUGGGUCUUGGAUACACAGCGUGAGGACCAUGAGCAGGUCUGGGAGACAGAGGGUGAGGACUAUGAGCAGAUCUGGGACACAGAGAUUGAAGGCCAUGAGCAGACCUGGGAGACCGAGGAUGAAGACCAUGAGCAGGUCUGGGACACAAAGGGUGAGGACCAUGAGCGGGUCUUGGAUACACAGCGUGACGGCAAUGAGCAGGUCUGGGAGGCAGAAGGUGAGAACCAUGAGCAGGUUUGUGAGACAGAGGGUGAGGACAAUGAGCAGACCUGGGAGACCGAGGGUGAGGACCAUGAGCAGGUCUGGGACACAGUGUGUGAGUACCACGAGCGGGUCUGUAAGGAAGCAGCAGUAGACCCUGAUUAGGUCUGCAAGUUACAGGCAGUGGACCAUCAAUAGGUCGGCAAUAGAGAGGUAGUAGACUAUAAGUUGGCCCUAGAUCCAUAGAUAGUAGACCCUUCCCACUCCACUUUGAAGGAGGAUAACGUCACAACCUGCCCCUCCACCGUAAAGAGUGAGGCUGCUCCUCUGUCCUCAUCUGAAGUGGAAGAUAUGAGCUGUCGGCCCUCAGAGUGGCACUAUUCUGAGUGGUCAGUUCAACACUUUAAGGGGCACGUCAAUGUGGCCUGUCUGUCCAGACGACACCACCAACCAGCCAACAACCCCAGGAUACCACCCCAGUCCCACAGUGACCCAGCCCUCUAUGUCAGUGAUGCAGUCAAAAUUGUGGUAAACACAAGCCGAGCACCUGAGAUCUUUACGAACUAGUCUAAUUUGAACACCGAUCUCCCGACUAAUGUUCCCACGUAGGUCGCCACCGAUCUCCUGGCUGACGCUCCCUCCGAGGUCGCCACCGAUCUCCUGGCUGACGUUCCCACCGAGGUCGCCACCGAUCUCCCUGCUCACCUUUCAUCCGAGGACGCCACAGCACUGGAUUCCUGGGAGGUGUGAACUGCCCACUGAUUAUCUUAUGGUGAAACUGGAGGAUUUUUGUUAAUCUUAGAUCAGAUGUUCUGCAUCUCGCAGCAGUGUUCACGUAACUUGACUGAGUGUUUCACUCAAGAACAAAAGACCCUCACAGGAAAUAGUGCAGAUCUCCAUUAGCAUUAACUUUCUUCAGUUCGUCUAAAUGGAAAAUAGACAAAUUUUAUUUUAAGAUUUUUAUUCAUUAUCAAAUGUAUUCUAACAUUUUGGUGUUAAGAUUAACAACUUCUUAACCGAGAUUUCUAUUAUGAUUUGAAUAAAUUUUACAUUAUUAUAUAGUAUAAACAGUGUUUGUAUUGUUAUACAUUGUGGUUUUGGUGUAUUUUGUAUUCUGUCCAGUAAUACCGUAACUUUCAUUGGUAUCUCCAGUUACAUUUAACUAAUACCAUUCAUUCAUAUAGUGGUUGAGUGUGAUGUUGGUGUGGUUGAGCGUGAUGUUGGUGUGGUUGAGUGUGAUCUUGGUGUGAUUGAGUGUGAUCUUGGUGUGGUUGAGUGUGAUCAUGCUUGGGGUGAGAUUUAUCCAGUGUUCGAGUAGGUCCGUCAGGACGUGUUUCUUGGGAUACUAAUGUCUCCUGCGAGGCAGAGUUGUCAAACCUCGUAGCAGUUACAUUACAAUAGGUUCGCAUUUUCCGCGCCGGGGGGGGGGGGAACUCUGUUAUCACCACUACUACACUAUCAUCUUCACUACACUGUCAUUUUCGCAACACUGUUUCCCUCACUACACUUUCAUUUUCACAAUGUUAUCUUCACUACACAAUUAUCUUCAGCACACUACUAUCUUCACUACUCUUAUCACUAAUCACUACUGUUAUCACUGCUCUAAUCACAAAACUGCUAUGAUCACUGUUGUUAUCGUCGCUACUGCACUGUUAUCUCUACCACCCUAUUAUCCCACUAUAUUCUCACAGCGACUGCAGUGUUACCACCACAAUGCUAUCAGUACACUGGUAGCACUACACUGGUGUCACCACUACUCGCUGUCAUUACAUACAGUUCACUGUUAUCAUUACACUGUUAUCAAAACUACAAUAUUAUCACUACUGUUACACUGAUGUCAUCACUACACUAAUAUCAUCACUACACUGAUGUCAUCAACACUAUAAUAUUAUUAGUAUUCAAUAUGAAGGCCACUUACAAAUUUUCCAAGGUAACAAUAUAACUCAAGGCAGCAAGAAAACGUCACAACCUGCCCCUCCACCCUGAAGGGUGAGGCUGCUCCUCUGUCCUCAUCUGAGGUGGAUGACAAUAGCUGUCAGCCCUCAGAGUGGCACUAUUCUGAGUGGUCAGUUCAAUACUUUCAGCGGCACGUCAAUAUGACCUGCCUUUCAAGACGACGACACCAGCCAGCCAACAACCGCAGGUUACCACCCCAGUCCCCCAGUGACCCAGCUCUCUAAGUCAGUGAUGCAGUCAAAAUUGUGGUAAAAACAAGCCCAGUAGAUGAAUCUUUACGAACUGGUCUGAUUUCAACACCGAUCUCCCGGCUGACGUUCCCACCAAGGUCGACACUGAUCUCCUGGCUCACGUUCCCACCGAGGUCGCCACCGAUCUCCUGGCUCACGUUCCCACCAAGGUCGCCACCGAUCUCCUGGCUCACGUUCCCACCAAGGUCGCCAACGAUCUCCUGGCUGACGUUCCCACCGAGGUCGCCACCGAUCUCCCUGCUCACCUUUCAACCGAGGACGCCUCCGCACUGGAUAUCUUGGAGGUGUGAACUGCCCACUGAUUAUCUUAUGGUGCAACUGGAGGAUUUUUGUCAAUCUUAGAUCAGAUAUGGUGCAUCUCACAGUACUGUUCACGUAACUUGGCUGACUGUUUUACUCAAGACCAAAGACCAUCACUGGAAAUAA